CCUCACACUUUUGUUGCUUCUACCUUUUGGUGACCAUUACUUCUAAACCACUCAUUAUAUAUCUAUUAUGGAAAAGUAUUUGAGCUUUUGACAGGAACUUGUCUAUAAGAUCACAUAUGGUGUUGCCAAUGUCCCUUCCCAGUGAAUGGAGAGUUCAUUCAUUCACAGAAGUGUGAGUGCCUGUAGCACGCCCCACGCUGGGUGCUGUAUUGUGGCAAUGCACAUGGGCAGACACGACCCCAGCCAUGGUGGAGAUGCAAGUGAAGUGGAGGAAGCAGACACCAGCUGCUUAAAUAAUUUCAUGCCUAAUUGUAAAACCCUGAUUGUCAUAAAUCAGUGCUUAAGAGAAGAAAAGUGAGGGUAUUUUACCAAUAUACUUUCUGGGAGUUGAUCAAAAAAGGGGGGUAGGAGAAAAGUUUUUGAGGAAAUAAUAAGGAAGAGCAGCCCAGGCACUUUGCAGUGCAGAGAAUGAGCAUGAGGUGAGCGGUGUGAGUCUGGGAAAGGCGUCAACCUCCCAGCUUCCCUGGCUUCCCAGUGCUCCUGGCACAAAGACGAGAACCCUUAUACUGAGAGUGGGAAGCCAGGGAAGAGUUUUAAUUUGUAAAAGGGGGUCAGUGAGUGAGGGUAAGAUGAUCAGAUACUAACUUUUAAAGAUCUCAGGAGCUAGUACGAUAAAUAAGUGAGGUGGAUGGAAUUAAAAUGGAGUUCAGACAGUUUAUUAAGGAAACUUUUACAGUUCUCAAGGCAAAGAUUAAUGUUUGGAGUGGGAGGAUAGUGGCAGAGAUGAAAAGAAACCUAACUUUGAGAAACAUUGGAGAAAUUAAUAAGCAGACAUUGUGGUGGAUUGGUCCUGGAGAAAGGGGUUGAGGUGAAUUCCUAGAUGUAUAGAUUGUAUGACCAGGUCACUAUGGUUCUUCAUUUGAGUAGCGCGUGGGACAAAGAAAUGAUGAAAGCCAAACUAGAUUCUGGAGAGAUUUGAUUGUGAAGUGGGGGAAGAGGUGUGGUCACUGGAAAACAUGGGGUCUAGGGAAUGUUGCUGGUCCUGCUGUGUUUUGCAGUGGAAGAGACCUGCACAUUGAAAAGCUGGUGGGGAGGACCUCUGGUUGUGGGAGAGAGGUUAUAUUCAUGUGGAUAACAAGGAUGAUGGGUAAUAUAAAAAGUUUAAGAAAGGGUUUGAGGUGUGUGGGGAGAAGCAGGACCCAACAUAGUGAUGUUGGAGGGGGAUGGUCAGCUUUAGAUAUGAGGAGAAAGAAGGAAAGAGAAUAGGGUGGGUGCAGUCUUAGGUAGAUAGCCAAGAAAUACAAGUUAUCAAGCAUAGUCAGUUCCAAAGUCAGUUAUUAAAAAUGCAAAUUUUCUAUAUCUGUUUUCUAUUACAUAUGCCAUAUAUAGAUCCAGUUGCAAGAAACUGACCCAUGCUUCAGAGUUGAAACACCCUUAUUCUGUGUUAACUAUAACGCAGUCUUUUCAAAUAACCUACAUGCCUCGGUGAAAUCAAGAGUUUCUGAUAGAAUAAAGUAUCCUCAUUUAAUUUCAACUGUCUACCUUUAGAAGUUUGGUUGAUUAGAAAAAAAAUCAAGACCUGGUUGGGUUUAUUUCUAUGUUAUUUGCAAGGCAGUAGUACAUUUGUAUGUGUGUAUGUGGGUGUUUGUGAAAAUCACAUCUUCUGGAUUUUUAUAAAGCCUGUCAAGUAUGCAUUUUAUAAAUUUUUGCUAGAUACUUAUUUACUAUAGCAUGGUAGUAUUUGAGGGUAGGGUAGAGGUCAGACAGAUUCCUUUAUCUUCACCUUCGUGAAAAAUCAUGUUUUAGUUCAAAGCUGUUCAAGUAAGUCCUUGGUCUAUUUUCCCACCCUGUCUUCAGUGAUAUUAUUUGGAGUCAGCAAUCAAUGGAUUCCAUCCCUCUGAGACUUGCUUAACCUACAGCCGCUGAUAUGAAUACAGGCAAGAGCUUGUUACUUUAUCUGAAUUGUCCAUUGCUACCUUAAUGACUGAAAUGGUUAAGUAGAGGAGGGGGCGAGCCUUAAGGAAUGUGUGUGCCAUUUGAGCUGAAUAUUUCAGUGUAUAUGGGGAGAGGGAGGGAGAGAGAGAAAUCCACUUACAUCACUAGAACUGCAUUGAGUGUGAGCCUUGCAGGUUAAGAGACAGACUACAGUGUCUUGCUUUCUGCAGGAAGCAGCAAUGCCGUUUGUUUCCUAAGAGGAAUUUUUUAUUUAGAAAAGGAAGCUUUCUCUCUACCCAGGAAAUGGCUUUCCUUGUGCGUUGCUAUGCCAACUGCCUGCAGCCAUGGUCCUCCAAAGUAAGCACAAUAAUGUAAUUAUAUUGGUGUAUUGCAUUCAGACUCAUGAUUCUUGAGAUUGUGUGUGUGCAUGUGCUGUGUCUCUGUUAGUGACUCUCUUGCUAGCAGGCAUGCUCGUGUUGAGUGUGAGGGACAGACAUCAUUAAAUUAAAUGUCCAUCAGUGUCAUGCUGCUAAGAUUAAUUGUGCAAACUUGGUUAGUGGAGUGGGACAGAGAUCACUGGUCACCACUCUGUCAGCAUCAUUAGCAGCUAGGGAGGAGGUCCCGAUUCACACGCUCUGCCCUGAUUUUUUUUUCUUCCUUUCUCUUUCUUUUUCUCUUGGUUGGAGGGGUCUGUAUGUGUGAUUGCAAAUGAAACAAGGGUGUUAACAAUGCUCGGCUGAAUGCGAGAGCCUAGUUCUUACACCACCCUGACUAAUAUAAUUCUGUAUUAAGCCUUUUUGAGGGGAGUCUGUGUGCAGUCAGCCAUUUUAGCUUUUUUCCUUUUCUUUUCUUUUCUUUUUUUUUUCCUCCUUUCCUUUUGCCUCUUGUUCUUCAUUCUCAGAAAUGAUCUUGUUUCCUUGGGAGACUGAGAACUGGACGAGGUUUUCUCGGUCUUGUCAUAGCCUGAGAUGGUUAGAGUUUCAAUGUUAUAAAAAUGGAGACGAACACCGUUGUUCGGAUUCCUUUUCUGGUCUACAAGUGUGAAGGGUUUUUAAGCUUACCAGUAGUGACACUUUAAGCUGCAGCUUGGUUUUCCCUCCUCCCUCUUUUUUUUUUUUUUUUCCUCUCCCUUUCUUUCUUUUUCUUUUAAUUUAAUGCUGUAGAGGGUGACUUGCCAUCGUGAGAGCUUGGUACAUGAUGUGUAAAUUCAGUUCAGCAUAUGUUUCUUCAUUAUGAAACCACUAGCAAUCCCAGCUAACCAUGGAGUUAUGGGCCAGCAGGAGAAACACUCACUUCCUGCAGAUUUCACAAAACUACACCUUACUGACAGUCUCCACCCACAGGUGACCCACGUUUCUUCCAGCCACUCAGGAUGUAGUAUCACUAGUGAUUCUGGAAGCAGCAGUCUUUCUGAUAUCUACCAGGCCACAGAAAGUGAGGCUGGUGAUAUGGACCUGAGUGGGUUGCCAGAAACAGCUGUGGACUCCGAGGAUGACGACGAUGAGGAAGAUAUUGAGAGGGCGUCAGAUCCUCUGAUGAGCAGGGAUAUUGUGAGAGACUGCCUGGAGAAGGACCCCAUCGACCGGACAGAUGAUGAUAUUGAACAACUCUUGGAAUUUAUGCACCAGCUGCCUGCUUUUGCCAAUAUGACGAUGUCAGUGAGACGAGAGCUCUGUGCUGUGAUGGUGUUUGCCGUGGUGGAGAGAGCAGGGACCAUAGUGUUGAAUGACGGGGAAGAGCUGGACUCCUGGUCAGUGAUUCUCAAUGGUUCUGUGGAAGUGACUUAUCCAGAUGGAAAAGCAGAAAUAUUAUGUAUGGGAAAUAGCUUUGGUGUCUCUCCUACCAUGGACAAGGAAUACAUGAAAGGAGUAAUGAGGACAAAGGUGGAUGACUGCCAGUUCGUCUGCAUAGCCCAGCAAGAUUAUUGCCGUAUUCUCAACCAAGUAGAAAAGAACAUGCAAAAAGUUGAAGAGGAGGGAGAGAUUGUUAUGGUGAAAGAACACAGAGAGCUCGAUCGGACGGGAACAAGAAAGGGGCACAUUGUUAUCAAGGGCACCUCAGAAAGGUUAACAAUGCAUUUGGUGGAAGAGCACUCGGUAGUAGAUCCAACAUUCAUAGAGGACUUCCUGCUGACCUACAGGACAUUUCUUUCUAGCCCAAUGGAAGUGGGCAAAAAGUUGUUGGAGUGGUUUAAUGACCCGAGCCUCAGGGAUAAGGUUACACGGGUAGUAUUACUGUGGGUGAAUAAUCACUUCAAUGACUUCGAAGGAGAUCCUGCAAUGACUCGAUUUUUAGAAGAAUUUGAAAAUAAUCUGGAAAGAGAGAAAAUGGGCGGACAUCUAAGGCUAUUAAAUAUUGCAUGUGCAGCUAAAGCAAAAAGAAGAUUGAUGACGUUGACAAAACCAUCCCGAGAAUCUCCUUUGCCUUUUAUCUUACUAGGAGGCUCUGAAAAAGGAUUUGGGAUCUUUGUUGACAGUGUAGAUUCAGGCAGCAAAGCAACUGAAGCGGGCUUGAAACGUGGCGAUCAGAUAUUAGAAGUAAAUGGUCAAAACUUUGAAAAUAUUCAGCUUUCAAAAGCCAUGGAGAUUCUUAGAAAUAACACACAUUUAUCAAUCACUGUGAAAACCAAUUUAUUUGUUUUUAAAGAACUUCUAACAAGAUUAUCAGAAGAGAAAAGAAAUGGUGCCCCUCACCUUCCUAAAAUUGGUGACAUCAAAAAGGCCAGUCGCUACUCCAUUCCAGAUCUUGCUGUAGAUGUAGAGCAGGUGAUAGGACUUGAAAAAGUGAAUAAAAAAAGUAAAGCCAACACCGUUGGAGGAAGGAACAAACUAAAAAAGAUACUCGACAAGACCCGGAUCAGUAUCUUGCCACAGAAACCAUAUAACGAUAUUGGGAUUGGUCAGUCUCAAGAUGACAGCAUUGUAGGAUUAAGGCAGACAAAGCACAUCCCAACUGCAUUGCCCGUCAGUGGGACCUUGUCCUCUAGUAAUCCUGAUUUAUUGCAGUCACAUCAUCGCAUUUUAGAUUUUAGUGCUACUCCUGACUUGCCAGAUCAAGUGCUAAGGGUUUUUAAGGCUGAUCAGCAAAGCCGAUACAUCAUGAUCAGCAAGGACACUACAGCCAAGGAAGUAGUCAUUCAGGCUAUCAGGGAGUUUGCUGUCACUGCCACCCCGGAUCAGUAUUCGCUCUGUGAGGUCUCCGUCACACCCGAGGGAGUGAUCAAACAGAGAAGGCUUCCAGAUCAGCUUUCCAAACUUGCUGAUAGAAUACAGCUGAGUGGAAGGUAUUACCUGAAAAACAACAUGGAGACAGAAACCCUGUGCUCAGACGAAGACGCCCAGGAGCUGCUGCGGGAGAGUCAGAUUUCCCUGCUGCAGCUCAGCACGGUCGAAGUGGCCACCCAGCUCUCCAUGCGAAACUUUGAACUGUUCCGCAACAUCGAACCUACUGAAUACAUAGAUGAUUUAUUUAAACUCAAAUCAAAAACUGGCUGUGCCAACCUGAAGAAAUUUGAAGAAGUCAUUAACCAGGAAACGUUUUGGGUAGCCUCUGAAAUUCUGCGAGAGACAAACCAGCUGAAGAGGAUGAAGAUCAUUAAGCAUUUCAUCAAGAUAGCCCUGCACUGUCGGGAAUGCAAGAAUUUCAACUCUAUGUUUGCAAUCAUCAGUGGUCUAAACCUGGCACCAGUGGCAAGACUAAGAACAACCUGGGAAAAGCUUCCUAAUAAAUAUGAAAAGCUGUUUCAAGAUCUCCAAGACCUGUUUGAUCCCUCCAGAAACAUGGCAAAGUAUCGCAAUGUCCUCAAUAGUCAAAACCUACAGCCCCCUAUCAUCCCUCUUUUCCCAGUAAUCAAGAAGGAUCUCACGUUCCUUCAUGAAGGGAACGACUCAAAAGUAGACGGGCUGGUCAAUUUUGAGAAGCUAAGGAUGAUUGCAAAAGAAAUUCGUCACGUGGGCCGAAUGGCUUCUGUUAACAUGGACCCUGCCCUCAUGUUCAGGACUCGGAAGAAGAAAUGGCGGAGUUUGGGGUCCCUCAGCCAGGGUAGUACAAACGCAACAGUGCUAGAUGUUGCUCAGACAGGUGGUCACAAAAAGCGGGUACGUCGUAGUUCCUUUCUCAAUGCCAAAAAGCUUUAUGAAGACGCCCAAAUGGCUCGAAAAGUGAAGCAGUACCUGUCCAAUUUGGAGCUUGAAAUGGAUGAAGAGAGUCUUCAGACAUUAUCGCUGCAGUGUGAGCCAGCAACCAACACAUUGCCUAAGAAUCCUGGUGACAAAAAGCCAGGCAAAUCCGAGACCUCCCCCGUGGCACCAAGAGCCGGGUCCCAGCAGAAAGCCCAGCCCCAGCCGCAGCCCCAACAGCCACCACCACCACCACCACAUAAAACCACCCAGGGACUGCAGGUUCCUGCUGUGUCCCUUUACCCUUCGAGGAAGAAAGUUCCUGUAAAGGAUCUCCCACCUUUUGGCAUAAACUCUCCACAAGCUUUAAAGAAAAUUCUUUCUUUAUCUGAAGAAGGAAGUUUGGAACGCCACCGGAAGCAAGCUGAAGACACGAUAUCAAAUGCGUCAUCACAGCUUUCCUCCCCUCCCACUUCCCCACAGAGCUCUCCAAGGAAAGGUGGCAGUGGCAAUCAGCUGAGAUCUUUUGGCUCCGGGCAGUUGGACUUAACCAGUUCCUCCUCUUCUCUUGGAAGUGAGAACAGUAACAAGAAUAACAAUGCACCACGGACCUAUGGGAUAGGUUAUACUUUGGCUCCCAGUGGGACUGUGGAUAAUUUUUCAGAUUCUGGUCACAGUGAAAUUUCUUCACGAUCCAGUAUUGUCAGCAAUUCUUCUUUUGACUCGGUGCCAGUCUCACUGCACGACGAGCGGCGCCAGCGGCAUUCUGUCAGCAUCGUGGAGACAAACCUGGGUGUGGGCAGGAUGGAGAGGCGGACCGUGAUGGAGCCUGAUCAGUACAGCUUAGGGUCCUAUGCACCAAUGUCGGAGAGUCGAGGCUUAUAUGCUACGGCCACAGUGAUUUCUUCUCCAAGCACAGAGGAACUUUCCCAAGAUCAGGGGGACCGUGCUUCACUAGACGCUGCUGACAGUGGCCGUGGGAGCUGGACAUCAUGCUCAAGUGGUUCCCACGACAACAUACAGACAAUCCAGCACCAGAGAAGCUGGGAGACGCUUCCAUUUGGGCACACUCACUUUGAUUAUUCAGGGGGCCCUGCAGGGUUUUGGGCCUCAAGCGGCCAUAUGGACCAAAUCAUGUUUUCUGAUCAUAGCACAAAGCAUAACAGGCAAAAUCAAAGUAGAGAGAGUCUUGAACAAGCCCAGUCCCGGGCAAGCUGGGCAUCUUCCACAGGUUAUUGGGGCGAAGACUCAGAAGGUGACACAGGCACAAUAAAGCGGAGGGGUGGGAAGGACGUUUCCAUUGAAGCUGAAAGCAGCAGCAUAACAUCCGUGACCACAGAGGAAACCAAACCUGUCCCCGUGCCCGCUCACAUAGCAGUGGCUUCGAGUACUGCAAAGGGGCUUAUUGCACGGAAGGAGGGCAGGUACCGCGAGCCCCCACCGACCCCGCCGGGCUACGUCGGGAUCCCCAUCACGGACUUCCCAGAAGGGCAUGCCCACCCAGCCAGGAAGCCUCCGGACUACAACGUGGCGCUCCAGAGGUCUCGGAUGAUCGCCCGGCCCUCCGACUCAGCUGGGCCUGCACCCGCACAGCAGCCACCCGGGCACCCGGCCAGCAGCAGGCCUGCGAACAAACCUCAGUGGCACCGGCCCAGCGAGUCCGACCCGCGCCUCGGCCCCUACCAGUCUCCGGGGUUUUCCGCCGAGGAGGACGAAGAUGAACAAGUGUCUGCUGUUUGAGGCACAGGCAAGCCACGAGUAAGGAGAGCACAAGAAGACGUCCCAAGCAUUGGAGCCUUGGAACUCACAUUCUGAGGAUGGUGGACCAGUUUGCCUCCUUCCCUGCCUUAAAAGCAGCAUGGGGCUUCUUCUCCCCUUCUUCCCUUCCCCUUUGCAUGUGAAAUACUGUGAAGAAAUUGCCCUGGCACUUUUCAGACUUUGUUGCUUGAAAUGCACAGCGCAGCAACCUCCCAGCUCCCGCUGUUGCUGCCUGCCACAUCACACAGUAUCAUUCCAGAUUCCAAGAUCAUCACGACGAGAUGAUUCACUCUGGCUGCACUUCUCAAUGCCUGGAAGGAUUUUUAAAAAUCUUCCUUUUAGAUUUCAAACCAGUCCUAGCACUUGGUCUCAUUGGGAUAAUGAGAAAAGCUAGCCAUUGAACUACUUGGGGCCUUUAACCCACCGAGGAAGACAAAGAAAACAAUGAAAUCCUUUGAGUACAGUGCUUGUCCACUUGUUUACAAUGUCCUCCUUUUUAAAAAGAAAUGAAUUUAAAGAUUGUGUUCUGAGAGUAAAUGUUUUAUCCAUUCAAUGAUUACAGUAUUAUUUUGAACCUUAAUUAGGGUUGCCAGCCUGGUUUCUAAAAAACCAAAUAUGCCGGACAGGGUGUGGCUGUACCAAGAAGAGGGGAAGGCAUGGCUUGUGACCCUGUCUCCCCACGUGGCCUCACCCGUGAAGUGCCCUAUCCUGGAACUGUAAAAUGUUAGCCAAUUACUUAAAUACCAAGUCACCUCAUCUGCUCCUUCCCCAGUGGGUGAGGUUCCUCUGUAAAUCUGUUUGCACAUGGCCAGGGGAGGGAAAUAGGACUCUUGUGUCCUGUCUGAGCCUUAUGGAGGCAGGACAGUGUCAUUUGAAGGGCGUGUCCUGCUCCAUCGAGAUGGAUGGCAAACCCCAUUUUUAAGUUAUGGUUCUUUGAUUUUUAUCAAUUUAGAGUUUUAGGUUUUGUUUUUGGUUUUCUUUUUCUUUUCUUUCUUCUUUUUUUUUUUUAAAGAAACAUUUAUAACUGGACAACAUGGCAGUGAAAGCAGCUUGGGAUAUGAGAGCUAAUGCCAGCUGUUUUUACUGCUCUUUCAAGACAGCCUCCCUUACUGAAUUGGCAUUAGGGAAUAAACAAGCCUUUAAACAUGACAAAAGAUCAAAAGCUGGUUAGACACACCAGCCUUUGCAAGGCGGGUUAGUCACCAAAGACUAACCUCCAAGUGGCUUUAUGGACGCUGAGUUUAGAGAAGGCCUAAGUGUAGCAACCAUCUGCUCACAGCUGCUAUUAACCUUGUAAUGACUGAAAAUGACCCCUCCACUCUAUUUUUGUGUUGUUUUUGCACAGACUCCGGAAAAGUGAAGGCUGCCAAUCCGAGUAGUACUCAAAUGUGAGGAACUGCUGGUCUUGGACUUUUUUUUUUUUUUCAUUAAAUUCAGCUGAUCAUAUUGAUCAGUAGUAAACGUAAAUAGCUUCAAAUUUUAAAAGUGGAAUUGCAGUGUUUUUUCACUGUAUCAAACAAUGUCAGUGCUUUAUUUAAUAAUUCUCUUCUGUAUCAUGGCAUUUGUCUACUCGCUUAUAUAUUACAUUGUCAAUUAUGCAUUUGUAAUUUUACAUGUAAUAUGCAUUAUUUGCCAGUUUUAUUAUAUAGGCUGUGGACCUCAUGUGCAUAUAGAAAGACAGAAUCUAGCUCUACCACAAGUUGCACAAAUGUUACCUAAGCAUUAAGUAAUUGUAGAACAUAGGACUGCUAAUCUCAGUUCACUCUGUGAUGUCAAGUGCAGAAUGUACAAUUAACUGGUGAUUUCCUCAUACUUUUGAUACUACUUGUACCUGUAUGUCUUUUAGAAAGACAUUGGUGGAGUCUGUAUCCCUUUUGUAUUUUUAAUACAAUAAUUGUACAUAUUGGUUAUAUUUUUGUUGAAGAUGGUAGAAAUGUACUAUGUUUAUGCUUCUACAUCCAGUUUGUACAAGCUGGAAAAUAAAUAAAUAUAACAUAAAGCGAUGCCU